AUGAUGCUGAAACUUUUGCUGUCUGUUGUGUUUACCUCAAGCCUUGUCUCGACUCAGCUGACAGCCACCACAGCUGUAAAAAAGAAAACUCAAGUGAAGAACAACUCAGGCGUGACCCCAGCAGACCAGUGUGGGGCAUGGGUGAAGGAACCUGAUGGAGGGUACUUCACUUCACCUAACUACCCUGAGAAAUACCCUCCUGAGAGAGAGUGUGUCUACAUUAUAGAAGCCUCCCCCCGACAGUGCAUUGACUUGUUCUUUGAGGAGAAGUAUUCCAUUGAGCCAUCCUGGGAGUGUAAAUUUGACCACAUCGAAGUCCGCGAUGGGCCCUUUGGUUUCUCACCUAUCAUUGGUCGCUACUGUGGGCAGGAAAGUCCUGCAUAUGUCCGCUCCAGUGGCCGGUAUCUGUACAUCAAGUUUGUGGCUGAUGGUGAACUGGAGGCCAUUGGUUUCUCUGCACAUUAUAACUUCACACAAGAUCCCGACUUCAAAGAUCUUGGUGCACUGUCGGCUCUUCCAUCUUGUGACUUUGAGUUGAGCGGUCCUGAAGGCAUCAUUGAGUCUUUACAGAUAGCCAGGGACUUUCAGGUGCAGCAGACUGAGGCUGUGGACUGCAGAUGGUACGUCAGGGCUCCACCAAAAGCUAUGAUCUACAUGCGUUUUUUGGAGUAUGAGAUGCACAACUCCAAUGAGUGCAAGCGCAACUUUGUGGCCAUCUAUGACGGCAGCAGCUCGGUUGAACACCUGAAAAAUAAAUUCUGCUCCACUGUGGCCAAUGACGUCAUGCUGGUGUCAUCCGUGGGGGUGGUGAGACUCUGGGCAGAUGAGGGAAGCAGGAAGAGCAAAUUCAAGAUUCUCUUCACCACCUUCCACGAACCACCCUGUGACGACGACACUUUCUUUUGCCACAGCAACAUGUGUAUCAACCAAACACUGGUCUGCAAUGGCAUCCAGAACUGUGUUUACCCCUGGGAUGAAAAUCACUGCAAAGAGAAGAGAAAAGCUAGUAUCCUGCACACACUGGAUAACACUAACCUCACCAUCAUUGGAGUUACCUGUGGCUUGGUGCUCAUUUUACUCAUCAUCUCUGUCAUCAUCCAGAUCAAGCAGCCUCGGAAGAAACAUGUUCUCCGCAGAGAUGACUUUGAUCCUGCACUCCUCCACCCUGAAUUUGAGCCUCCCCACUAUGAGCUCUGUACUCUACGUGGAACCCCAUCUGGCAAUAUGGCAAAGGACUUCGAGAAGUUCCAAAAACUGCGUCGCUCCUCGAGCAAAUGCAUUCGUGAUCAUCACUGUGGGUCUCAGCAGGAGAGCGUCCACGGCAGCCGAAGCAAUCUGAGCAUGAGGGAUGCCACUGUUAAUGACGGUGCAACUCCUGGGCCAACAAUGGGGCAACAAUCACCACACAUUCCCCAUCAUGCCAACCCAGGAAGGAAUAUCGUUAUAAUGAAGCACAGCUAUUCUCAAGAAGGUGCUGAGAAGUAUCGAGCAGAGGAGGAUGAAGAUGAAGAAGAGAAUUUAAUGGAUGACGCCCCAACAAAGAGCCAGUACUUCAUGCAGCACCAUCAGAUCCACCAUGAAAUGGAAGGGCCAGAUUACACAUUCCACAGUUCACUAUCUAAUGACUUGAUGUAGGUGGAUU